AUGCAGACCACGACGACCAGACCGGGCGGCCAGGCGGCUGCCCGCAAGAACAGUAGCACUGGCAACGGUUCCAAGGGCAAGAAGAAGAAACCGCAGCAGCCUAAGAGCAAUGGCAAUGGCAAGGAUGCUGAGCCUGCGCCCGCGGGUCCGCGGCCCGUGGUCCCACCGCCGGUGUCCGGACCUUGGGGCAACCCGAAACCCGCAGCAACUAGCGCACCCCCACCGGGCUUCGCUCCCAGCCCUCCCAAGUCUACCUCGGGCUUCAGCGAUGCGCAUACGAGAUUGCUGCGGCAUCGUGCGCUGUUCGCGUUCCGCUACUUAGUGGGCAAAGCUGUGGAGCUGCAACUCGUGGCCUCUGACGAAAGAUACGCCGGUGUCUUGGACUGCGUGGACCCGGACGAUUUCUCGGUGGUAUUGAAGAGCACAAAACGGCUGAGCAGUGGCCCCAACGCCAAGCCGUUCGAGGACGGCAGUACCGUCAUCUUCAGACGCCACCAACUCGCACAUUUAGUGGCGGACGGCUCGGUCAAUUACACAGACGGCGUGUUCUCGUCAGGCGCUGCCGUUUCUGGUGGAUUCCGCACAGACACAGAGAUCAGUGGACAGAAGGGAGAGCAUUUGUAUGGACGAGAGCUGGAGGCGGCCAGUUCGUGGCUGGACCCGGCGUUGGACACCGGAUCACUCGAGGACUCGGCGUCUAAUGGCAGACGUAAAGGCUGGAACCAGUUCGAAGCGAACGAGAAGCUCUUCGGCGUCGUAUCGACGUAUGACGAGAAUAUUUAUACGACCAAGCUGGACAAGUCCAAGAUCUCCACAGAGCAGUCACGUGCGGCCGAGAAACUAGCACAGGAGAUCGAGCGCCAGUCGGCUGCGGGGAAUUUCCAUCUGCUGGAGGAGCGUGGACAGACUGCACGUGGCGAUAAACACGCUAACGACUUGGACGAAGAGGCCAGGUACAGCUCCGUGGAUCGCAGAGGCGCUCCUGGUGGUAACGCGUAUGUUCCUCCGGCUAUGCGGAAUGCGCAGCGUCAAUCCAGCGGUGGCAAGUCACAGCCGAAGGCACCAACUCCAGCUCCUCCUUCAGAACCGACACCUGCUGCAGCUCCAGCGCCACCCGCUGCGCCUAAGCCUUUGUCUUUCAGUGAAGCGGUCACUGGCCGAUCAGCUGCUGCACCUGCAGCACCGAAGGAGGCCUCCAAAAGCACUUCAGAUGAGAAGAAAGUGGCUUCUGCUUCCCCGAAGAAAGAAGCAGCGCCUGCACAGGUGAAUGGCAAGGAUGCGAAGCCCGCUGCAGUGAAAAGCCCGAAGAAGAACACUGCGAGUGGAAAGGAUCAGACGGAGACUAAGACUGAGAACAAAUCUACGUCCAAGACGACGACACCUACUACGACUAAGAAGGAGGAGACGCCCAAGACAGCUCCGAAGAAGGGAUUGAACCCGAAUGCCAAGGAAUUCAAGCUGAGCGCUUCCGCAGCCGAGUUCACUCCGAGCUUCUCGAUGCCACCGGCAGUAAAAGAGCACGUGUCGUCGCCCUACCGUGGCGGCUCUCCUGGUCACGUGCCGUACCCGCAUCCUGGAAUGGGCUACCCUCCGCCGAUGCAAGAAGAAUGGAUGUACGAUAGUAUGGCUGGAGAAGAAGGCGGCGAGAUGGGAAUGCCUCCUUACGGCUACGGUGUGCCGAUGGGACCCAAUGGAGUGCCCAUGAUGUAUCCUCCUAUGAUGCCUCAGCAGAAUAUGCGCAUGAUGGGCGGCCAACGCGGAGGCUACGGCUACCAGCAGCACGGAUACAACCCCCGGGGUUACUAUUCGCCACCGAAUGGUGGCUUCCCGCCGUACGCGGGUGUAGGUCCUCAGCCUCCUCUACCCCCCACGCCCAGCGGCGAUGAGUCCCCUGGUGAAGCUCCUGCAGAUAGCGCACCAGCUCCCCCCAUGCCUAAGACGGCACCUGAAGUAGACGCCACUCCGAAACAGCAGUCAUCGGCCCCCAAGAAAAAGUAG